AUGUACAUCCGAAACAACCUCCUCGUCUUGGCUCUCUGCCUCUCCACCCUAGGCCUGGCAUCGCCUACGACCAACUCAAAGAGCGGUUCCAAGACUUCACAUAAGGGUGGAUCUUCUAAGGGCGGUUCCAAGACUUCGCAUAAGGGUGGAUCUUCUAAGGGCGGGAAAACGCACUCUAGCCUCCCAGCUCAUGCGCCGAGUUCCGGAUCCGCUGCCGGUGGUGGUGCUGGCACUGGCGGUGGUGGCUCCGCGGCAGACAACGGAACCACCUCUGGCGGCGCCAACACGGAACUACAGACGACGUUCCCGACGGCCAAGGGGUCGCAGAACAUUGCUGCCGUGAAAACCAUUGCUGCACACCAGUCGUUCGACGGCGGCAUGGUGAUGUGGGAUCGGAGCCCGAGUACCUGCAAGGGCCAGACCGAGGGCGGGAAUAAGGACGCCGUGUUUAUCCUCGAGGAAGGGGCUACGAUUAGCAAUGUGAUUAUUGGGCCUAAUAAUGGUGAGGGGAUUCAUUGUUUGGGGAGUUGUACUAUUAACAACGUGUGGUUCCAAAAAGUCUGCGAAGACGCUAUUACAUUCCGCCAAACGUCAGGCACAUCCUACGUCAACGGCGGCGGCGCCCAAGACGCAGCCGACAAGGUCCUCCAGCACAACGGAGGCGGUACCGUCGCCGUCAAAAACUACUUUUGCAAGAACUGCAGCAAGAUGUACCGCAGCUGCGGUAACUGCAAGACGCAGGUGGCGCGGCACUCGACUUUUGACAAUAUUCGGCUCGACGGCGGGAAGGUCCUGUCUGGUGUGAAUGGGAACUUGGGCGAUGGGACGAUUGUGAGGGACUCGUGCGUGUUGGGCGGCACGCAGGCCAACGACACCUCUGCUGACGUCCAGACAUACUUCAAUCUAGAUGGCUCAGCGCACGACGACAAGGUCAAGUCUCUCAUUGGUGAAGGCUACCGCUUGAUAUCCUUGAGCAACUAUGGCACGGCGCCGGACGCAAAGUAUGCUGUCGUCUGGCUUUGCGGCCUUAACAAUCCCUACGCGUUUGAUAAUGCGACCAAUGGUAUCGACAUGGUUGUGAAGGACUUCAACAUGUGCGGUUCCCCUUCGGACCGCCUCUAUUGCGUUCUGGGCCACGAAAAUGUUGGGAAUCAGAUGUCUACCAUCUUCUACUCGUCUGGCAACUACACCAUCGACUAUCCCAAGAUCUAUGAGUCUGAGACGGCGAAGCGCUUCUGGAGGCCUUCUCGCCUCUUUCGCUCAGACGAUCACGUUGUCACUCCCCAGUUCGUGGACACCUCCGUUGGAAAAUGGGUGGCCAUGAAUGAUCUCACGACCGAAGAGCUUGCUUCUCAGAUUGAAUCCCAGAAGCAGCAGGGCCUACACCCGAUUGACCUCCAGGGGGGUGGCUCUGGACAGGACAUCCGCUUCGCCGUCAUCUUCGCCGAAAGCGACGUUCCCGAGGCUCGAAAAUGGAUUGCCACCGGCUCCUUCACCGGUUUCAAGGAUAACGCGGGUGCCACAACGGCCUUUGAUGCCGCCAUGCAGACCUGGAUGAAGAAGAACGGCGUCCGCCAAGCCCAACUCGCCAUCGCGUCCAACGGUUCGACCAUUGCCGAGCGCAGGUAUACCUGGGCAGAGAGCGACCGCCCCAUCGUCGAGACGGACGACGUCUUCCUCCUCGCCAGCGUGAGCAAGAUCUUCGUCCACGCGGCCAUCUUCAACCUCAUCGAGGCUGGGAAGCUCAACUACUCCACGGCUGCAUACCCUUUAUAUGGAUACAACGAGCCCGCAGACGCCCGCGCAAAGGACAUCACCAUCGACCACCUCCUCGCGCACACAUCAGGGUACAAUCGCGAUACGUCCGGCGACCCGAAUUUCUUGUUCCGCGAGAUCGCCAUGGACCUAUUGAACGGCACCCGCGCCGCAACGCUACGGGACGUCAUCGAGUACCAGGUCGCCCGCCCGCUCGAUUUCGCCCCCGGCACGGACUACGCUUACUCCAAUUACGGCACCAUGCUCCUGAGCUACAUCGUCAGCAACAUCACAGCGACGCCCUAUCUCGACUUCUUGAAGGCCAAUAUCCUCGGCGACCUAGACGUACGUCUGUACGAGACGGCAGCGAAGAAGCACGCCGGGGAUCGCAUCGUCCAGGAUAGCAAGUACACGGGCUACGACCCGCGCGAACCACAGGCGUACCGACUCGUCCCGGGCCCGUACGGCGACGACGGGGCUAUCAAGGAGGAGUGCGCGGGGGCAUUCUCGCUUGCGGCGAGUGCGGGUACGGUGGCGAGGUUCAUCGGCUCACACGCCGUCAGCGGGACCGGCGGUCGGGCGCCGUUUGCGGAGCGGGAUGGGACGUUGGUUGGGGCGAGGACUUUUGCGUCGAGUAGGCCUGAUGUUGACUGGGCUUUGACGAUUAAUACGCGGGAGUAUAUCUCUGAGACGGAGUUUGACGAUUUGAGGUAUUGGAAGAUACCUUUUGUAUUGAGGACUUUGCGGUGGCGUAGAGGACGAUGA